CUUGUGGACUCCCAAGCAGGAUACUUCGGGCACUGACGUGGGACCCUUGUCCUUGUACCGAUGAUGUCGUUGUUGGCAAGCCUCUCCUCCGCUGCUUGCUUUUCCAGCCCAUGUCUCCCUUUGGAAGUCGAAAGGGUCUUGCUUCAUACUGAUACCAAUUCUCCCCCAUCCGCUCUCAUAUCCUUAGAGCUCUUCGAAGCUCGUACAUACUGCUACACAUCUUGAACAAUCUAUCCCCUCCACCCGUCGUCCCUCGCAUCAAACAUCUGUGGCCAUCAUGUCUGAACCACAGCAAACACCCACCCCGGAGAAGACACCGGGAAACAAGAAACAAAGCAGGCCUGCCGCACCAGACCGCAGCAAUUCCGACACAUCAGCCGACGACCAAGGCUACGAGUCACGGUCCAGAUCUCAAUCCCGACGAAGGAGAAGACAGAACCAGCGAUCAAGGAAAGGAGAAGGCAAAGCCCAAGCCGGCAAUGCCUCAGCCCAGUCCAUGGCCGCCAUCGAUGAGGAUGACGAACCUCAACAGCAACUUCACAAGCAGCAACAACCACCUCAACAGCAACAACAGCAACAACUCACAAACCCCGAUCCACGCGACCUCACCGAAACACAACCCUUCGAGAGAAUAAAGCCUCCUUCCCAGUCCAUGGAUGGUCCCGUAACAUAUGCUCGCAUGCUGCGAGGCGAGAUCCCCUGGCGCGGCCCGCCUCCAAGUCAACCCCUCGAGAACGCCCAAGGCAUGGGCGCCCAAGGCGGCGGCCAGGAAAAAGACCCCAUGGACCAAGAUGGCUUGAAGCUGCGCAUCGAAUUGAACCUGGACAUUGAAAUCGAACUCAAGGCCAGCAUACACGGCGACCUGACGCUCGCGCUAUUGUAAGUACCCCAGACCCCUUGUGGCCUGUCCCGAAAAUCAAGUUACCCAAAGU